CGUUAAUACCAUGACGUAGCCUAGGGGUAGCGCUCUGACGGGGAAAGAAAACAGCCUGAACGGAUGUCUUCAAGGAGGGCCUAGUAAGAACAUUUGCAGACACCAGCACACUAACUGCUCCAGCCCUUCCUAAGUACUUCUCUCAGGACUGAAAAAGCCUGUCAGUCAAAAACCGGCCAUGUCAUACGGGAAUACAGAAUACCGCACUCCACCGCGGGACUUCAGCAGUCUCAUACAGACAUGUAGCUCCAACAUUCAGAAGAUCACGCAGAACACGGCACAGAUCAAAAGCAUGGUGAACCAACUGGGCACGAGACAGGACACCAGUGAACUACAGGAUAAACUUCAGCAGAUGCAACACUACACAAAUCAAUUGGCCAAGGAAACAAACAAACACCUGAAGGACCUGGGCAGUCUCCCUCAGCCUAUUUCCCCCUCUGAACAGAGACAGCAGAAGAUCCAGAAGGACCGUCUGAUGAACGAUUUCUCUGCGGCUCUCAACAACUUCCAGGCAGUGCAGCGUCGUGCAGCAGAAAAGGAGAAGGAGUCUGUGGCCAGAGCGAGAGCAGGCUCCCGUCUCUCAGCUGAAGAUGGAGGUCGUGAUGAACAGCUUGUUUCGUUUGAUAAUAAUGAUGACCUCCGUCAGGUAGUACAGCAGACAGAAGAGGCAGAGAUAACUGAAGAGGAUCUGGAGCUCAUUAAGGAGAGAGAGACCAACAUCCGUCAGCUGGAGUCUGACAUAAUGGAUGUAAAUCAGAUCUUUAAAGACCUUGCAGUGAUGAUCCAUGACCAAGGGGAGAUGAUUGAUAGCAUUGAAGCCAAUGUGGAGAGUGCAGAAGUGCAUGUGGAGCGGGGCGCUGAGCAGCUUCAGAGAGCAGCCUAUUACCAGGUAAGGGCCAGAGCAAAAGUCCCGUAAGAAGAUGUGUGUCCUGGUUAUGGUGUUCUCUGCAGUGAUCAUUAUUCUCAGCCUCAUCAUCUGGGCUUCCACCAAAUGAAGAAACCUUUCUGUCCUCUUUUCCCCUCUCUCUGCUCUGCAUUUAAUUUAUUUGUUUCCUCUAAAACCGGAACUGAUGCACUUGCUAGGCAGGCAUUUUGAGAAGCUGUGCAUGCACAGGUGCACUAUAGAAGAACACUCGCAAUGUAUUUUGUGUUCUUUCUGUACAUGUUCUCGACAUUCCCAUAUGAACUCCCAUAUGAUGUAAACUGUCUUUAUGUAUGGAAGUCUGUAUGUAUGGAAUACUGUCUAUGUAUCAUCUGUCUGUAUGUAUGAAAGAAAACCAUGUUGGAGAGUGAAGGGAUAUGAUUUCAGACAUAGUAAAACAACGAAUUAUUCUAGUAUUUUUCAUUUCAUUUCAAAACUUAACAGCUAUGUAACCCCCCCCCCCCCAAUGGUUCAUAGAAUAAAGUCUGUUGUCCUGAAAUGGGCUGAAAAUCAUGCAGUUGUAUCCAGUUGAGUGCCACACUCCAAAAAGAUAGACAUUCAGAUAUUUAGAUGAAACAGUAAACAUACAUUUUUAUUUAUUUAUUUUUUCCUCACUCUCAUUUCUGGGUGCCUAGAGUCAUCAAUGUACAGCAAUAGUGCUGGUAGCAAUGUCUGAUGCAUGGUUUCAUAGUUCUGUUCAGACAAAGUACCUGCAUUAGAUUUAUUUGCUGUUUAUCUUGUAAAUGGUGGUAUCUUGUCACUGAUAGCAUCAAUGAUGGAUCUGUGUAUUGCCAAGUUAAAAUUCUGCACGAUAAGUGAAAAAACGUAUAAAAAAUGCGCUCUCACUUUCAAAAGGAGUUAUUGUCUACUUGUUUUUAUUUAAAUAUUGAUUUGUAUUACUUCUGUUAGAAUACAUAAGUAAAGAAAGAUGUCUUAAACAA